AACCGCUCUACAAAUUCUCCCACGAGGCCAGACCGCCGAGCAGUGUCAAAGCCCAUUAAACCCUUCGCCAAUUGCCACCCACCAUGCCAGCUCUCCGCUCCCCGGCCCCGCUCGCCCGCGUCGACCUCCCCGCCGGCGAUGUCGACCCGGACUACCUCUACUUCCUCGACCACAUCCGCGUCGACGGCGACUCGUACGUCCUCGAACUCCCGCCCAACGGCGCCUCCCAGCCGUCGGUCCUCAAGUACGAGGCCCCGCUCGGCAGCUCCUCCGACGGCGAGUGCGUCUCCGAUCCCUCCCCGGGCCGCCUCAGCACCAACCGCGGCGCUGAGGAGAGGGACUCGUCGGCGUCCUUGGAGGGGAGGCCCGCGUGGUACGAUUCUCUCCAUGACGUCGACGAGGACUACCACCUUUUCCUGCAGCACACGCGCCUGGUGGAUGGGCAAUUGGUUCUCGAGAUCGGGGGCGUCGUCGUCAACUACGAUCAGCCGAUUGCGGCGGGGCCUCAGGGGGAGAAGGAUAAGCAGCGGGGGAUAGAGACGGCCGUUCCUUCCCCGGGGAAAGGGGUCGGUAUUGGGGCAGGGAGGGAUGAGGAUGAAGUGGUCUCCAGUGCUCCGGCGACAGCUGUUCCGGAGCAGUACGCGUGCGAUUGGCGUGCGGAUCCAUCACCAGGGCGUGAGGUGAAGGAGAAGGAUGCCGGAGACGAGGGCCUGUUAGAUGCAGCGGAUGCAGGCACGAUGAAGGGCGUGUAUUGGGAGGCGAGCUCAAGCGAUGGCCGUCGUGCCAGACGCCGUACAAACUCGGGGGAAAAGGUAGAACAGGAACUAGGUAUUAUAUGGCCAACCCAUAUUACCCGAAGGCCAGAUUCAGAUUUCAAGCGUAGAUUGAUCGAGGCCCUUACUAAGCCAGUUGCUCGGAAAGAGUAUUAUAGAUUGUUUGACACCGUUACUAUCCGUACUCCAUUAAUGAAGCUGCGGCAGAUCCGCAAUGAAACGAAAUUCUAUCCUACAGAAGCAAUGGGCAGUUCAUAUUUGGAUCACUACCCAGAUCUGGCUGAACAAAUUAUGAACAGUGGACGUUGCAAUGGUCUAGCUCUGAUGCGUGGGUUUCUUUUCUGGUUGCAGAACAAUGCUCAUGACGAUCAGUUCAAGCCAUGGGUAGAUGAUUCCAAAGCUCGAGAGGUUAUUCCUGUGGUGGACUGAGCUCGCACCGACUAUGUGGCGAUACCCUUAGUUUGUUUGAUUUCGCUCCAUGGUUAUAAUAAACUAUGCGGUUGUGACAAAUUGUCCUCGCCCGAGACCGUGCGGACUUGUA